AUGGUGCUGCUGUUUACGGAUGAACUCUCUUCAGAAAAACUACCAGAGGAGUUGUUAGAUGAAAUGUUGGAUGUAUACUUGGAGUUGUACGCAGACGAGGACGAGGAGUGCGAAUACUGCCGGCUGACCAGUUUGAACGUCAGUGACUGUGAGUUAGGAGACAAAGGAGUAAUGUACGUGUGUAAAGCGUUGACCAGUGUGAAUUGCAAACUGAUCAGUUUGAAUGUCAGAAAGAGUGCGUUGGGAGAUAAAGGAAUAAUGCACUUGUGUAACGCGCUGACCAGUCUUAAAAAGUUAGUAGAAAGGAUAAUGCCCUUAGCUAGAACUUUAACUAACGAGAACUGUGCAUUAACGAGCCUAGACAUCAGUGAAAUAGGAGAUGAAGGAAUAAAGUACUUGUGCGAAGCCUUAACUGAUACCAAAUGCUAA